UCAUCCUUCUGUUGACAGUAGAGCCCUGCUGCCUACGCCUUGUGUGUUUGUGUGUUCGCUCUUCACAACAUGGCAAGAGCUCUCGCCUACGGUGGAGCAGCUGCCGCAGCUGGCUUCGUCCCGCCGUGGCUCAUGGUGCUCGGUGUGGCCCUGCUCUCCGUCUGGGCCAUCACGCUCACCGUCCUCCUCUGUGGGGACAGCUCUAACGGACCGAGACGGCGACCAAGAUACUCCGGAGGUGGUGGAGGUGGAGGGGGCGAUGGCGGAGGGGGCGGCUGUGGCGGUGGCGGUGGCGGUGGAGGGGGAGGGGGCUGUGGUGGUGGCGGCGGUUGCUAGAGUUCAUUGCAUCCGAUGCGUCAGCGGCAUCAGUUGUUGUGUUGUGCAGGUCAAUUGUCAUAUAUAUACAAAGGACUGUCCGUAUUAUGGAUGUGCUUAUUUGUUUUUGCUUGUUGUGAACUUCUCUGCUGGUGCUAUAUAUUAGCAUGAUAUAUAAUAAUAAAAUAAUGCAAGGAAGAUCGUCUUUGAAUUCGUA